AUAAGCUGUAAGCAGUGUUCAGUGAUGAGAGGCUGUCUCCAGUAGCAGCAUUGUACGGGUGCCUUCUGUGCAACCAUGUAUCCGUCCAGCCACAAUAUUGCCAGCUAUACUCCCUUGUUUGCCCAGGCACCGGUGUUUGUGCCAAGCAGCAUCUCUCAGCAGCCAGUACAGCAUGUCACCAGACCCCAGCCUUGCCCCUCUCCCCCACAGACUGGGCUGCAGGUGGUCUCCUAUUCCUCUACCUAUUCCUCUACCCCCAUGUCCCCAGCUUACUCCCAGCCAUCACAGGCCCCUGUGAGAUGCUUUGUUCCAGCCUCCCAGCUGCCGGCUGGUGGCAGCAGCGGCGGCGGCAUCUGCAGUUCCACACAGCCCAGAUGUGCGCCUGGUCCUCCCCCAGUGAGACCCUGGCAACCGCAGCUGCAGCCAGUGAUGCGACCGCAGCUGCCCUCGGAGAACCAUUCACGGCCCCAGCUGCAGUGUGGGCCCUGCCGACAGCCACUUCGCCAGCCCAACCCACAGCCUCAGCCAUAUCCAACCGCAUACCACCACCCACAACCCCAGCCAGUACCCCUGUCUCACCCACCACCAUCCCACCCCAAGGGCCAACAUCCACAGCGGAUCAGCACAGCUGCGUACUACCCACAGUCUACCUCGCCCUCAGUCCCUUACGCAAACAACUCGAGCCUAUAUGAGGUUGCCAAGACCUCAGAGAUGAAUGGCGCAAGGAGCAGAGGCUUUGGAGGCAAUUUAAGUAUCCGAGACCAGCAGACAAUGUACCAGAAUCAGUACAUGCAGAGUGCAGCGCAAUGGUCUAAUGAGGACUACACGGUGCCUCUCACUGAACCGGAGAGACAAAGGCUUUUCAGUCAAUUUCAAGAGGUCCUCGGCAUCCACGGAACCCUGGACGUGUGCGACAACCGGCUCCUCAGCAUCUUCAUGCAGCUGCCUGCCCCAAUCCGCCGGGGAAUCAAGAGGCUAGGGGGCCUCAAGCCAUUCCUGCAGCAGGCCGAGGAGUUCUUCAUUGUGGAGGGAGACAAUAUAUCACUGCGAUUGGAAGCCACAGAUAUGGACCAGGAGGUGCAGGAGACUUCAUAUGACCCAGCAGAGUGGGAAGACAGCAGAACCGAAGAUUUCUUUAUUUCAGAGUUCAUAAAAGCACCAGCCGAGUUGGACGGUUUGCAGACCGGAAGUUCUCAAGGUGAAGAAGACACUGAGUCGACCACACUGUGGGAGAUUUGCUCCUUCCUGACGUCUGGCUACGGGAGUGGAGGCGGUUACUAUGACGACUAUAAAGUUCUGUUUCCAGGUAAGAAACCUACAUUUGAAGACAAGAAGCUGGAGAAAAGCCCCUUCAAGGAUAUGGGAAACAAGCUAGCUGCCAAGGCAAAGGAAGUCAAAGAGGAACCCCUCCCUGAUGACUCAGUCUCUGUGCGUAUCAUAAACAAUCAGGUGUCUGUGCCACCGAAGUCAGCAUCACCAUAUAUUUCUAUGGGGAACAGGCUGGCUUCCAGAGCUAAAGAGAUCUGCAUAGAAGAUGCCAAAAAUAGCUCCAGGCAACUUGGCACUGGGGCUACUUCAGAAGCUACUCCAAAUCCCUUGAUGUCUUCGCCUAUUCAAGAGGAAAGAGACGCUUUGCCUUCCCCACCAGCAGCAGAGACUGCUGCAGUCGUACGAGAUAGUGAACUGCAUCAGAGUGAAAGGUGCACUGCUGAAGAACGGGGACCAAGUGAAACUACGCAAACAUUGAGAGAAGAGGAAACCAAGACGGCUGCCAUGCAGAGAAACCAGAAAACAAAACCCAAAAUGGCUUCCAUACUGAGUGGUCUGGCAACAGCCAAUGGGCAGGAUGGAUGGAUACAACACCUGAAGAGUUUGGCAUCUGCAAAGGAGGAACCACUUCUACCCCUGCACUCUACAAGCGACUCGGAAGGAAUGGUGACAAAUAGCCAGAUGGAUGAGGAAAUGUCCAGCGAGGUACUAAAUCGCCAACAGGAGUUGCCAAGGUCAGCCGAGAAAACCUUUGACUCCGAGUCUGUCCUAGAGUGUUCCGACAGCACUGACUUUGGUUCCAAUGCAAGCUUGUUGGCAGAUCUUGAAAACAUACUGUGUGCUUCCAGUGCAGAUCAGGAUGUAAACGCCGAACAGGUCUCGGAUAGUUGUCCAGAGACUGACCCCAGUGUGACACAUGUGGCUCAUCCUCCUGUUCAAGACUCAGACUUCUCUGGUCCUGAACAUUUCUUGGCGAGUGCAAUCAGUGGAUAUUUAUCCACAAAUGCUGGUGAUGUCAGUGAAUCCUCCCCAUCAGAUGUAGCCCAGAGUGAUGAGGGGAACAGCCCAGAUUGGCGAGAGAAUUUUGCAGAAGGACCUGUUACUGUAAAGGACAGUUCUGAACAGGUAAUACCUGAUGCCAAAGGGGCAGAAGCUAUUCCGGCCAUUCAGUCAGAUGAGGAUCAAGAGAUUGAUUGUGAGACUAGGAAGGCACGCUCUGAAAGAACUCUAAAUCCAUCAAGGAUCUCAAAUGCUUCACAUAGUCAUACUGCAUCAGAAGAUCCAUGGAAAUCAGAUCAACACAAGUCCCAGGGAAGCAUAGAGGAUGCAGCUCCCGAGGGAGACUAUGAAAGCACAAUUGCAGCCUCCAGUCCAAAAGAUUCAAAGGACAUUGUGGAGUCUGCCAAUUGCCAUUCUUACUCUGUUGAAGAAGCCAGUCCAGGUGGCUUAUCAACCACCUCAGGAGAGCUUGAAACGGAGGCUUGUAAAUCUGAAGACAUCAGAGAAGAAGUCCAUAGUGUCCUUCAAGACCAAGUGUGUAAACAGGAUGAUCACCCGGGGAGCAAAUCCAGUGUCAACACAGGUGCCGAUUCGGACUGGUUCAGUGUGAAGGAAUUCUUGCCUGAAAAAAGAGAUUCCAACAUUGCCCAACGUGCUGAAGCUAGCCUCACUGAGAUGGUCACUGACUCCCACAAGACACUCGCUGCUGAGAUGCAUCCAGAAAUCCCAACUGAAGUCUGUGACACCCAAGCUGACAGUGCCCAUGUAUCACAUGGUAAUGGUCCACUCGAUAAAGAGGACAUACACUUUGAGUUUGUUGAUGACGGCGAGUAUGACGUUAGUGAAUAUUCUUCUACGGGGUCAAUCCCAGCACAAGACAUGAAACUGCUGUCAUCCUUCAAAGAUGAACCUGUUUCAGGAAGUGACCUGAGUGAAUCCCAAGAUCCCUGUGGAGAAAAGGAGCAUCCUUGUUUAGAUUUGGGACAUCUUGACAUGAAUGCUAAAGUUUCUGAAAGUAAUACAGAGUUAGAGGUUAAUGACGAUGAUGACGUUGGACCAGUCAGUUGUGAAACAGCCGAGCAAGAGCUAGAAGGGAAAACCGAGCCUGGAGAGACAAUAAAUACCUCCACUGGUGUAUCCAUGGCUAGAAAAGGUUCAGAGACAGCUCUUCCAGGUUUGACGCCUGCUGCAUUGGAGCUGAAAGAGACAGUUGCUGAUGAUGACAUCCCAACAAGCAGUGACAAGGCUGUCAAUACUGGAGGGCACGUCUCAGCAGAUGAUGGGUUGGAGGAUAGAGAAUCAGUUGACAAUUGGGAAAAAAAUCUCGCACAAGGUCAAAAUAAUACUUCAGAGUCGGAGGAAGGCAUUGCCAAAGAAUCACCCUCCAAUCUAAGAAAGGACCUGAACUUGGACGCAUACCAACAAAAUAAGGAGAGUUGCACAGAACAAGACGAGGAAUGCAAUCAGAUUCCUGUGAAUAACAGAGUAUCAGACUCUUCAGCAGAAGCCAGCCACAAGAACAGGAUGAUGCAAGAUGAUGAUAUAUAUCCAGAGGAGCAAACAUACCAGAUCUCAGAUCCCCAUCGAGAUGGCAGAUGCACAGUUGGAGAUCCUCCUGUCCUGGUUGGAGAGUCUUGCUCCCCCUCUUCAAGUCAAGAUGCCACUACCAUCAAGACCCCUGUCAAAACGAAGGACAAAGGAGUCAAUACAGAUGAGAUCAGAAUGUGCACGCGGGCCAUCAGCACCAAGAAGAUCGUCACAAAGAAUUUUGGCAUCGCAACGGACCUCGCGACUACUGUGAACCGGGCUGUGGACACACCAUCAGAACUCGAGGAGAUGUAUAUGAAGAAAUUUGUUGAGGCGUUACAAAGAGUCAGCAUCUUGGAAAUCACCUUGCAGUGCGAGCGAGACCUGAUGGCGUCGCAGAAGAACAAUCACAGUGUGGAAUCCAGGGAAUUGAAAGAUAGCCUUCAGGAAAAGCAUGCGCGACUGAUGGAUGUUGAGCGAGAGCUAGAGGUGAGACGCAAACAGUUGAUGUCGGAGUUGAAGAAGAAAACCCUGGAGCAUAGGGAGCUAGAAGGCUGCUACAACAUGCUCAAGAGCAAAUAUGUUGCCACAGAGAAGCAAAACUCAUGCCUGUCCCGUGAGCUGGAGUGUGUGACGAGACAACUCCUGGAUCUGGAGAAAAUCAGGGACAAAGUCAUUUCAAAAUCGGAGGCGGGGACGGACACGCAAGAACUAGACAAAGCUCAGGAGUACUCGGAUGGCAUCACGGCCGAGCGCAUGGUGGCAUUGAUGAAACGGGCCAAGUCUGCUGAGCUUGAGAUGCUGGAAAUGAAGCGCCAAUCCAUCGAACAAAAGAUUAAGAGUGCGCUCACUGAUGCUGAGUAUACUUACAACAUCUAUGCCGAGAGCUCCCAACUCAGCUUCCCAGAGAAAGCUCAUCUGGUCACCAAAUGGACGGAGUAUCAGAACACGAUGCAGACUCACACCACAAAGCUGGAAAGCAGGUACAACAGCUUGGUCAGGUUGAUCCGAAAUGAAGACAGGGAACUAGACAAGCUGCCUGAACUGGUCGCACCUGAAUUGGAUGCCUUCACAGUCACAUUGCCCAAACGUUCUACCAGCAACCACCCCUGUGGGACAGCCAAGCUUUCCAACCAGCCCCGUUCAGUCUUCCAGUUCUCAAGCCAGCCCCGUCCAGUCUUCCACUUCUUGGCCCAGCCGGCAGUGAACACUCACGCGGUUCCCAAUACCUGCUCGUCUGUGUCUUCAGCUGUAGAAACAAUGAAUGAUGUCCAUCCAGACAACCAGAUGCCGCCUGACCUCCCUGGGAGUGAAACCUUGAUACAGUCGGCCAGAGCUCCCAAAGCGGUCGGGAGGGGGCGUGGUCGGAGGUUGUCCAGCUCUCAGUGUAAUCUCAGAAGACCUGGUGAGCAGCCGACUCGGGAGGCUGAUAGCAUGGAUCAAUCUUGCUCAUCAACGGAAGCAGCAGCGGCAGAAGCAGCAUCAGGGGAAACCGAAGCACAAGAUGAGCCGUCAGUUACAACCCGGCCAUUGGAGAUGCCAGAGACUCUGCCUCUCCCUUCACAUCAGACAGAUCUGUCAAAGAUGCCCUCUGAUCUUGAGAAGGAAGCCUUGCCACAAGGAUUCAGAUUUGGAGGUCCUUCAGGAGAUGGAGGGGGCGUUCCUCCUGGACCUGCUGAAGAACAGCAUGCACCAAGUGUUACCCAGUCAGAAAAGCAGCCGAAUGCACCCAGGAGUCAUUCAGAGCAUAUUUCCAACAUGCAGAAACGGAUGCGCAGUGCCUCAAUGCUGUCACGUCUGCGAUCGACCUUCACUGAAAGACCCCAACACCAAACUGGAAUGGACGGUAUGCACACCCUGGGACACUCGGCCAGGAAAUUGAACAUGUUUGCAGCUCCAAUCUUCAACAAGAAGGCUCCCACAUCUCAUCAGUCAGACGAAUUGUUGUCAGAGAGAUCAGCUGAUGCUGUGGAGACUACUUGUCAGCCUGCUCCCUCUUGUGGCACAUUUGCCAAAUCUGAUACCGGCGAAGCACCCAAAGAGGUGACAAUCAGCUCCUGUGACUAUCAGUUUGCCAAUGAGGAACUGCAAGAGUCAUUGACUAUCCCAUCAAGUAGCAGCAUCCUGGCUGGGGUUGGUGCAUCCCAGACAAGUGCAAGCCCUGUCUUGAAGUCAGCCGAAAAAGGCAGAAACCCUGUGGAUCCUGGGAAUCCUUGUGAGGUCUUGUCUGAAGGCGAUCAGAGUAGCCUUACCCCUGCUCAGAAGAUCAGCAUGGACUGGAGGUCCCAACACACUGGCAACCAGCUAGCAGGCGUGUCUGAAGGCAUGCAGAGUUGUCGCCUGGGUAGCGAGGCACCUGUGCCUUCAAGUAGCAUUCAGCUGCAGCCUUCUGUUUUGCCCACUUCUUCCCAAGCAUCAUUGUCCAAUAAACCCGAACCUCCUAUAUCCACUCUCCAGCCAUUGACGCCUACUCCUGGACCAUUGCUUCCCACUUCCGAGCCGUCAGUGCCCACUACUGAGCCAUCAGUGCCCAGUCCCGAGCCAUCGACGCCCACUACCGAGCCAUCUGUGCCCACUCCUGAGCCAUCAUAUCCCAAUCCUCAGCAAUCGUAUCCCAAUCCUCAGCGCUCGUAUCCCAAUCCUCAGCGCUCGUAUCCCAAUCCUCAGACGUCAUAUCCCAAUCCUCAGCAAUCAUAUUCCAGUCCUCAGACAUCGUAUCCCAAUCCUCAGACGUUGUAUCCCAAUCCUCAGACGUCGUAUCCCAAUUCUCAGCAAUCGUAUCCCAGUCCUCAGACAUCGUAUCCCAAUCCUCAGACGUCGUAUCCCAAUCCUCAGACGUCGUAUCCCAAUCCUCAGACAUCGUAUCCCAAUCCUCAGACGUCGUAUCCCAAUCCUCAGACGUCGUAUCCCAAUCCUCAGACAUCGUAUCUCAAACCAAGCCCUCCGUUGCCUACUUAUGAAUCAUUUGUGCCAACCUCUGCAGCAUUGUUGCCCACUCCUGGGGCAUUUGUACCUACUCCCGGCGCGUUGUUACCUAAUCCCAUGCCACUGUUGUCCGCUCCUGAGCCACCAUUACCUUUGCUGAUACCACUGUUACCAGCUCCUCAGCUAGUAUACUCUACUGUCAACUCCAACACUCCUGCAUCUGCCGUCCACAACCAGGAAAUGCGACAUGACCAAUCAUGGCAUCAGCCCAGCACCCAGUGGAUGAAAUCUGACACUGACGACACAAGCUUUCAUGAUAGGAGGACGCCUCUCUACCAGCGCAAGCAAUCCGACCUGCCGCCCAGGUUCCAGGCAUCGCGGCGUGUUCAACAACAAAGACGUCCGUCACAAUCUGAGGAUCACUUCACAGUUGCCCCCGAUCCAAUCAACAUUGAGCCAAAGCUGAGUGAGGUUGAAGGAUUGAAGAAGCGGAAGACUCCAGCUCUGGACCAGCUGGAUGAUACUAGAGGAGAUCAGGUGGCAGCUGCCAAAGAAGCACCAGUUGAGGAGGAAGCUGAAAAAGAUGAAUGGCAGACACAGAUUAGUAAGAGGAAGAAGAAAGCCCUGGCGCAUCUAGAAGCUGAGCAGAGGCAGCAGCAACAAGCAAAGGCAGGGAAAAAAGGAUGCAUGGACAAGCUCAUCGGCGUGCUGUGUGAGCAGUUUGAUGUCAAACAUAAGGACGUUAUAGAUGUGAUCAGACAGGUCCGGAUGGACCACAAUGGCAGUCUAAGCGGGACUCCCUUCAGUGCCAUCAUAGCCGAGUCUAGGCUGUACCUACAGGCCAAGCUUGAACCGCCCAGACCCCAGCCCAUGAACACGCCCCAGCUGCCCAAGCCCAGGGACAGGGAACUCCCGACGCUCCAAGCCAUCCAACGGGCUGUACCAAAUCAGGGUACGGAUAUGUGUGUCAUCUGCCAGGAAGACAUGAACUCCAAGAGUGGUGAUGUCAGAAUGCUGGACUGUGGACACCUGUUCCAUGAUGAGUGCAUCAGCAUUUGGUACAACACUAGGGAGAGGACCUGCCCAAUCUGUCGCUGCCACACCCUCUUUGCUGAGGACUUUCCCCGCCUCCAAUGAACCCCGGCUCCGGACGAGGAUCGUCCAACAUGAGUCAACAAGUACUAGACUUCCACCAGAUUUCUGCAGAUUUUACAGCCAAAGCAAGUAGCUCACAGAAGUUUAUUCUUUUCUUAUCGUCACAUUUUACAUCUUUGCAUGUUAAUAAUACUUGUAAAUAGUACUUCUAAAAGGACUUGUAUUGUCACUAACUUCAAGGCAUUCCUGAUCACAUUCAGUAGAUUAUUUGAAAAUCAGUACAAAUUUUAAACAAUCUGGUACAAAAACAUUCAACUGAGCUGACAUCAGAGGAAACAGAAACAAAAAUUUGUCAAAUAGGCAGCAUUUUAUUCAGCUGCAUGUCUAUCAGUGAUUUGUGUGUGUGUAUUAACCAGUGAAUCCGUCCAUGAUGUGUGCUAAGUUUUUAAAGUAAAAAUAGUAAGAUAUGAUUUUUGUAUUUUCAAUUUAUUUCAUUUGUACUUUGGCCUUCAAUGCAUCAGUAAUUGAGAGAGAUUUACAGUUACAUAACUGUUUUGAAUGUUCAGGUGUUUUUGUUUUUUUUGAUUUUGAAGAAUCACAACAUGGUCCGUUAAAUUUACAAACUCAUGAUUUUCCCAGGAAAAUUCAAAAAUGCAAUACAUUUUUUAAAAUCGCUUUUUUUGUCAAUUGAAGUACACGUAGGUAAUUUCAUAAAGUAGCUAUAAAAACAAAUUGAUGUUUAAUUUGUAUUUUGCAAGUAUUCAGUAUUGAAAUACAUUUUUAUUCAGGGCCUUUGAAUUAAGCUGCAGGGGUAUUCCAAUGUAUAAGCAGGAAGUUAAUUCAUGACAAAUUUGUUUAUUUUGUCAAGCUUUUGAGACAAAAAGUGCGGCAUUUAAGAAGUAAUGGUUUAUCAUAGGUGCUUUGUUUACAGUUAAGAAACAUAUUUACUGCAUGCUACAUUGUAUUUUUGAAGACUGAGUUUCACCAUAAAUGUCUAUGUACAUAUUUAAU